UGUGGGCCCGGCGCAGCCCCCUCUCCCUUCUGCUGGCACUGAGCUAUCCGGAGCGGGAUGCCUGUCAGGUGCCCGCGAAGGGACGUGCGCCCGCCCUCCUGUGGGCUGCCGCGGCCAAGCACUUGCUAUGAGGCCUCGGUGGAAGAGGGGCUGGCUUUCCUCCUCUCACUGUGUCCCUGUCUCUCCAUGCCCCCGGUAACCGCUUUCCGCCGUCGUGCCGCCGCUUGGCGGAGGGUUGGAGCAGCUGGUCAUGGUGGAACUGUCAGGAAUUAUUGAUUCAGACUUCCUAGAGAAAUGUGAAAACAAAUGCAAGAUUUUGGGAAUAGAGACAGAGAAACCCAUUUUACAAGUGGACAGAUAUGUAUUUGCAGGAGAAUAUGAAGAUACGCUGGGAACCUGUGUGGUUUUUGAAGAGAACACAGAGCAUGUAGAUGCAGAAGGCAACCAAAAAGUACAGCUGAAAUACAAGUGCCACACAGUGAAGAAGUUGAACAUGACACGGACACUUUUGACAGAAAAGAAGGAAGGAGAAGAGAAUGUUGGUGGAGUGGAGUGGUUACAGAUCAAGGACCGGGAUUUUUCCUACAGCAGGCCUAAUACGAUAUGCAGCUUCCUGCGUGAAAAAGAUUCUGAGGAGUCCACUCAGGCCCACGACAAAUUGACGGAAGAGUUAGAGGGAGAAGUGAGUGGUGGGGGAAAUUCUGACGUGAAUUGUGAUCUGGAGAAGCAGCACAGCUUGGAAAUGGAUGUCUCAAUUCCUCUGCCUGACAGCCCUGCUUCUGGGGCAGAGGAUUCUCCUUCUGGAAGUGUUGCCUUAGAUGAUGCUCCUCCAUGAUACUAGCUCUGAUCUUUUCAGGACUUGUUCAUGGAGUUAAUGGGCCAACUUCUAUAGGCCAUGACAUGAUUUCAAAUUUAUCUGAGCAAUUAAUAGUGGAAAAAUGGA